UACGUCGCGUUUGCGUCAUCAUACCGUGAACAGCGCUCAAACGGGGAGGACGUGGGAUGACAGUGUGCAGUGUGUAAUUAGAAGCAUCAUUAUAUUUUUUCAAAUGUUUCUAAUAUCGAAAUUAUAAAGUACAAAGUUAUUAGGUUAGGUUCCUCGUAGAGGCGCCGCCAUCAUGGCGUCGGACGAACAAUUUUCAUUAUGUUGGAACAAUUUCCACGCAAACAUGUCAGCAGGCUUUCAUGGCCUGCUGUCGCGUGGAGAUCUAGUAGAUGUAACGUUGGCUGCCGAAGGCAGGUUAUUACAAGCACACAAGCUCGUUUUAUCAGUAUGUUCUCCCUAUUUUCAAGAAAUGUUCAAAAUGAACCCAACUCAACAUCCCAUAGUAUUUUUAAAAGAUGUUAGUCAUUCUGCAUUAAGAGACUUAUUACAAUUUAUGUAUCAAGGUGAAGUUAAUGUUAAGCAAGAAGAAUUAGCGUCGUUUAUUAGUACCGCGGAACAACUUCAAGUGAAAGGUUUAACCGGAAAUCAAAAUGAAGAGAAUAGUUCCACACCAUCCAAACCAAAGCCGACGUCGAGGCCAGGCCCGAGGUCGUCACAACAAAGGCAAUCUGUUAUGACUAAGUUAGAGACUGAUUUAGAUUCUAAGCCCUCAUCAACUCCAGUAGCAAUUAAGCGACCAAAUAGGCCAUCAAUAGCAUCAAAUAAUUCGUCAUCUUCACAAAGUGGACCUGCGAAACGGAAAUGUGUAGACCCAUUAGAAGCCGGACCCUCUGGAUCAGCUAAAGAAGAAUUUGUAACGAUACCGGACGAAGAUGAAAACAACGCAGUGGCACCAAAAAUGGAACCCGAAUUUGUCAAUGAAAGCAUGUGGGAUGACGACGAAGAGGGUGCAAAUAACGAUGACACUACUUUCGGCGAAGAUGACUCUAAUAUGGAAAUGACUGGCUUUGAUGGUUCUGCAACUGGUGAUGGCAAUUUAACGGGGAGCGGCGAAGGAGGCGCUGUAGGUGAUGCACAAGUUACAGGUGCACCGAACCCACCUGAGACGCCACCAACUCUUGGGCUUCCAUUCCCGUUCCCGUGUUUCCCGGGGCAGUUCCGUUACUGCCUGAGCAAGCGUGGCAAGCCAGCGAUCGAGGUGGGUGCGCACCGGUUCUGCUUCAACGGGCGCGCGGCCAGCGGCAAGGUUUGGUGGCGCUGCUCCCGGAACCCUCGUUGCCGCGCCGCAGUGCACACCUUCGGCCUCCGCGUCGUACAAAUGAACAGCGCCCACACCUGCGGAGUGCGCGCCACCCCUCUCAGACCCAUGUUCUAACCACAACAGGCCAGCCUAGCAGCUGCGACUCGUAAGAGCUUUUCAGUAGAAAUUUGAGAUUUUGAGAAUCGAUCUGGUCAUUGAAGGCAUAAUGUAGAAAUUAGGAUGAGAUUAGGAAUGCAUUUCUUCUAAAUUUUAAGGCGAGUGACGGAAACGGACUUGCAAAUCGUAAUUUAAUUGGCGCGAUGUGUCAAUUUUUGACGUCAGCCGUUGGCCACCGGCGAGUAAAAUGUUGUUGGGUAUUGGCACAGACUUUUGAUCUCACCGCGAUGGUAUGGCGUGUUAAGCUGGAUUCAAGUUUAUUCUUUUCAUUGGAAUGUUAAUCUUGCUCUUGUGCCUUUAUGCCGGUGGACCACAAAUUUUCUAACAACUGAUACGCUUUUACCUUUUUGAACUAUACUCAUGAUGCGAUUUUGCAAACUUUAGUUUGCGCAUUUUAUCUUAUACAUUUAACGAUAUUCUCCAAAGAGAUUAUUAUGAAAAUAAUUCUAACUUACGUAGAAUUUGCGCUGUGUAAAGUAUACGAUUAUUUUAUAGGCUUUAGUAUAUCGGCCGCUUGCGCAUUUACGACUUGAGACUGUUUGAUAUUAUUAUAUUACCUAAGACGUUUAUUCGAGUCCUGCUUUUGGUAUAAUCAUUCUUAUGACAGGACGGUCCAUGCAAGAGAUGGCUCUACCAGUGUCUAGUUAGAGAUAUCGUGCCGUCUCUAUUUUAGGAGGCUGUAUAGCAAGGUAUAAUCUACAAUCGUUGUUAUAACUAAAGCCCGGUCCGUGAGCACGUAGAAUUUUGUCCAAUGACCCCUAGCUACCCAUCCUUAUCGCUCACGCAUAAUUAUAUUGCUGUCGAGACUGUGCGACUGGCACCCGCAGUGAGUGUGAGAUUUUUCUUUCUUUCUUUCAACGCAACAUAUAUACGCUAUCUGAGUGAAAUUCUUUAUGUGCUGAAAAAGUCGUUACCUACAUGAUGUACCUACUUAAUUAAACGUACCUAUUUGUGUACCUACAAUGGUUCUCUACUUACACAUGGGAAAUUUAAAACCAGCACAGCCUUCUGAAAUAGCAGUCGCGUGCCGAUGCAGUACCAGUACAAACCAUAGCUAUAGCUUUUAUUUUGAUCGCGCAGCUCGUCUCAAACCGAUCUUCCGCGCGCAGCGGCCCUAGUUGUAGUUGACUGUACAAAGUGAUAGUUCUCUUAUGAUAAUCCAAGUAUUUUUAUACAUUAUUUUUACAUUAUUUUUUUACGAUUUUAUUCGUGGAUUUGUACAUAAAGAUAAUGGUUGUUGAUGGAAGUGAACACUUCCAGAUGGUUGGUUUCGGUUGCAGCUAAAGGAAUGAUACGGUUAUGUUUGCCGAGGGAUGUUUACGGAGUCAUGUCAUGUAUACGAUUAGAAUGUAACAACUUGUUAAAGUAGGAACGUGCAUUUAUAUUGAUUAUAUUGAUCUAAUGAUAAUACUCAUUGUAUAUGUUGUAGUUAUAAGAUUUUUUUCUAUUUAGUGAGACCUUAUAUUUUUAUGUGUUAAGAUUAAGAUUAUAAAAAUUGUCUCAGUUAUAUUUUAUGUACUUAAUGAUUAUUUUGUAAUAGAUUUUAUUACGGCUUCGGCUGUAUUUCCUCAAAGAAGAUGAACAAUAAAGUUAACCGAUACGAAUAUUUUUACCACGUGAUUUACCAUGUAUACGAUCAUAAUGAAUCUAUGUUAACCUUUGGAGUAUUAUUUUAAAGUAUUAUUUUUUAUUGUGAUAAGAUUUUAUUAUUAUUAUUUUAGUCCAGAAAGUAUUAUGGAAUAGAGGUAGCUGUAAGCGGCAGUUGACGAUCGGAGGAUGUUUAUGCUGUGUAGUGAUACUGGUAGAUGGAGACGUGAUCUCCUGUGUAUAGGUACAAAGAAACGAUUAUAUUGCGCUGAUGUAUCAAA